ACUCAGGUACGUCUCAAGUCCAAUUCUCCAAGCAGGCCCAGCGUCCAGCUCACGGCUGCCACCACGGCGUCCAUUGUACUCUUGACCAGUUUACUUUGAUGCACCAGUGAAGAAGGGGGCUCGAAUUCCCCUAGAAACGCCUCCAGGACAAGGAGGUGGUCCUGGAGGACCAGGAGGAGGAGGAGGAGGGGAAGGAGGCAGGGGUGCAGGCGGCGAAAGUGUUGGACCAGCGGUGUUGGCAAGCAGGACCGAGCUGGGAGAGGCAGGCGUCGGGCAUCUGUCUAACGUUGCGAGCCCGCAGAGCCGGCUGGCAGGACCAGCGUGGGAACGCGGCUGGCCGGCUGUGGACGGCGUCCUCAGCACAAUGGUUCGGCUCCUCUUGGUUUUUUUCCCAGCGAUGUUUUUGGAUAUGUCCCUUCUUCCCAGGGGACCCGGUAGGAAAGUGUUGCUGGCGGGAGCCUCGUCUCAGCGCUCGGUGGCCAGAAUGGACGGAGAUGUCAUCAUUGGGGCCCUCUUCUCAGUCCACCACCAGCCCCCGGCAGAGAAGGUGCCGGAGAGGAAGUGUGGAGAGAUCAGGGAGCAGUAUGGCAUCCAGAGAGUGGAGGCCAUGUUCCAUACAUUGGAUAAGAUUAACGCGGACCCGGUCCUCCUGCCCAAUAUCACUCUGGGCAGUGAGAUCCGGGACUCCUGCUGGCACUCCUCUGUGGCUCUGGAGCAGAGCAUCGAGUUCAUCAGGGACUCUCUGAUUUCCAUUCGAGAUGAAAAGGAUGGGCUCAACCGGUGCCUGCCUGACGGCCAGUCCCUCCCCUUAGGCAGGACUAAAAAGCCUAUCGCUGGUGUGAUCGGCCCAGGCUCCAGCUCCGUAGCCAUUCAAGUGCAGAACCUGCUCCAGCUCUUCGACAUCCCCCAGAUUGCCUAUUCUGCCACAAGCAUCGACCUGAGUGACAAAACUUUGUACAAAUACUUCCUGAGGGUUGUCCCUUCUGACACUUUGCAAGCAAGGGCAAUGCUUGACAUAGUCAAACGUUACAAUUGGACCUAUGUCUCUGCAGUCCACACAGAAGGGAAUUAUGGGGAGAGCGGAAUGGAUGCUUUCAAAGAGCUGGCUGCCCAGGAAGGCCUCUGCAUCGCCCAUUCAGACAAAAUCUACAGCAAUGCUGGGGAAAAGAGCUUUGACCGACUCCUGCGCAAGCUCCGGGAGAGGCUUCCCAAAGCCAGAGUGGUGGUCUGCUUCUGUGAAGGCAUGACGGUCCGAGGCCUCCUGAGUGCCAUGAGGCGCCUGGGCGUCGUGGGAGAGUUCUCGCUCAUUGGAAGUGAUGGAUGGGCAGACAGAGAUGAAGUCAUUGAAGGUUAUGAGGUGGAAGCCAACGGGGGAAUCACAAUAAAGCUGCAAUCUCCAGAGGUCAGGUCAUUUGAUGAUUAUUUCCUGAAGCUGAGGCUGGACACUAAUACAAGGAAUCCCUGGUUCCCUGAGUUCUGGCAACAUCGCUUCCAGUGCCGCCUACCAGGACACCUUCUGGAAAAUCCCAACUUUAAAAGAAUCUGCACAGGCAAUGAAAGCUUAGAAGAAAACUAUGUCCAGGACAGUAAGAUGGGGUUUGUCAUCAAUGCCAUCUAUGCCAUGGCUCACGGGCUGCAGAACAUGCACCACGCCCUCUGCCCAGGCCAUGUGGGCCUCUGUGAUGCCAUGAAGCCCAUCGACGGCAGCAAACUCCUGGACUUCCUUAUCAAGUCCACGUUCAUCGGUGUGUCUGGAGAGGAGGUGUGGUUUGAUGAGAAAGGGGAUGCUCCUGGAAGGUAUGAUAUCAUGAAUCUGCAGUACACAGAAGCUAAUCGCUAUGACUACGUACAUGUUGGAACCUGGCACGAAGGCGUGUUGAACAUCGAUGAUUACAAAAUCCAAAUGAACAAGAGCGGAGUGGUACGGUCUGUGUGCAGUGAGCCUUGCUUAAAGGGUCAAAUUAAGCUGGGCUGGAGUAGACGCUGUGGGAGGCCUGGCGCCUCCGGCCAUGCCGCCCCACCACCUGCCCUUUCUGGGAGCUGCGCACCGCCCCUGCAGGGAGAAGCCUUGACAGGUACACUGAGGGGUCUGGGAGUGUGCAGAAGUGCUGCUGCAGAAACUGGAAGAGCCUCACCUCCACUGGAAGUGACACCAUCUGAUCCCUUUAGGCAGCUACUGGGGAAGCCAGAAUCUCUGUCCCAUUCCAUGGUCCUUUUGCAGAUUAGAAGCGGUCAGAGGACCAAAGCCUCUGUAGAUCCCCUGCAGUCUGGUCUGGCCUUCUGUUGUGCUGAGUACAAUGGAGCCGUUCUGAAACCCAGUGAUGGAGUCACGGGAGAGACAGACAGGAGGAAGUGCCAGAAAUGA